AUGUCGCACUCACCUCCUGCGGGGCACCAAAGUCUGAAAAGGAACAGAAAGAAGCAGGGGUGGUGGCAUUGGCAAGCCGCGUGCCUGUGCAUGGCGGGGGUCUUGGGAACAAUGAUGUGCCUUACAGUAAUGCAGCCACGAGUUGCACAGAGACACUCUGGCGGGAUGUCAUUGCAAAGCGUCCGAGCUGAAGAAACGCUGAAGACGACUCAUAUCGAAGGGCAUCAAGUGGAAGAGGACAGGGACCUGAGGAACUCUUCCGCUGAAAGACAGACGUCUUGCGCAGAUUCAGCGGGUAGCAGAGCAACUGGUGCUCCAAAAGUCAACCACGAUCGGGGAAGAACAAUAAAAGAAAUACUAGGUCGAGAGAAUGAAUUGGAGAAGCAUGAAAGAAAGGUCUUAGGCUCUGGGGUCUUUAGCAAGCUCGUGGCCACAAAACUUGGUCAGGGAAAGAAACAGGACCUUUUAGAUGGGCUCGAGUAUCAGCUAGGGGCUGAGCGAAUCCAAGAGCUUCUUGACACCGAUGUGCCAGUGAUGCUGAGCCAAAAGGCUUUGAGCAACCAAGACUUUGCUUUUUCUUGCGGGGGGAAUCUCACCGUGGAGUUUGCAACGAUGAAAGAGGUGGCGCAAGCGGAUGCCAGGCUCAAAGCAAUUCUGCCAGAGAAUGAUCUAUUGCGGCGGCCGGAGCAGAGAACCGUUGGAGACGCUCCUCUCAAGCGCUGUGCUGUGGUGGGCAACAGCGGCGACCUUCUCGAUCACGCGCACGGGGCAGAGAUCGACGGCUUCGACACAAUUAUCCGCUUCAACGCCGCACCCACACGGGGGUACGAGACUCACGUCGGGCGGAAGACCACGAUCCGCAUCCUGAACAUGGACUUCCUGCACUGGCCCCACGCGCGGGGCACGCUCGCGCUGUACACCGUCCGCAGCCAACGCGACGUCCGAAAAUUUUUGCACCACCAGCAGCCACGUGGCCCCAGCCCCGCGUUCCUCUUUCACCCUGAGUGGUGGUGCCACGUGUGGGAAUGGCUGGGAUACAGGAAGGUCAAGCCGAGCACCGGAUUCGCGGGCGUGGUCCUGGCUCUCCACUUUUGCUCCUCCGUCCAUUUAUUCGGCUUCAGAAUCUCCAAGCUGUCGGUGUAA